AUGUCUGCCGGCAACGCAAGCGGUGGUGUGCGAAAUCUUCGUGCUAUGUUUGAGAACAAAACUGGCGAUCAGUCAAAUUCUCCCCCAAGCCGUGGUCGAUCACCCAGCGGAUCAGUCGCCUCCACCAACAGCAGGCCUGUAAGCAAAGUCAGAGCCAGCUUCGUUGCAGUCGAAAGAUCGGGCGAACAGGGACAGUUGUGGGGUCUGCGAAAGGCCAGCGACGUCAGCAGCAUGGCAGAAGUCAAGGAGAACGAGUCAAGCCUGAUUGAUGGCGCGCCCCUCGCCACGACUCAUACAACUCCCGAAAAGGGCAGCAAUGGUGGACUAGGCCAGAUUCUUAAAGGCUCAUCCUUCUCUGGCACACCUAUGAAAGAGAAGCCGAACGAGAUGGAGUCAGUCAAACAGAAGGGCAAAGGACCGCAGAAGCCUACCUCUACAGAUGAUCACAGCAAGCAACCAAAGACAAAUGGAGUCGCAGCCAGAGGUGCAGAGGCAGCCAGAACAGUUCAGGACAAAGUCAAGCCUUCUACGGCAAAGCCCAAUCCUAAGCCGAUCGAGACGAAGGGCACGGCCCCUGCCAAACCGGACAAACAGUCUCCCAGAACACCCACAAGCGCCGGGAUCAAGCCUCGUGGCGGCGUCGCAAAGAUCAAGGGUGUCAUGGACUCGGCAAAGAAAGCUGCAGAGGGCCGUGAAGCAACAAAGAAAGCAGAUGCAGCCAAAGCAGAGUCCGCCCCCGAAUCGCCAGCCAAGACGAAUGGCCACAAGGGGACUGUACAUUCCCCCAGAGCUACUACAAAGCCUGUCAAGCUACCAUCUGCAGCCACCGCGCCGACCGCUGCUUCUGCUGCACACCUUCGCUCGGAGCCGGAGCCCCAGAAAAAGCCCGUCCAUUCAAGCAAACCGGCCAAACUUCCCUCAGCUGUUACAGCGACAACUGCGGCUUCCGCUGCCCACGAUCGAGCCCUGCCCGAAGCGCAUGCGAAGAAGCCUACAUCCCGGAGAGCAUCAGCGGCACACUCAAGCCAUCCAAGAUUGUCUACUACAGGUACUCAAGCGUCUUUGGCCAAAAAGGCCUCCCGUGCGUCGCUCGCAGAGCGACCCCAAUCCAGGACUAGCCAUAGCAAGCCCGACGACGGUUUCCUCGCUAGGAUGAUGCGCCCGACUCAGGCUAGCUCGCAGAAGACCCACGACAAGGUGCAGGUGACAAGUCCACCCAGGGGAAAGCCUGCUGCACCCAAAGCCAAGUCUGCGCCGAGAGCAAGCCUGGGCGGUCGCUCUCAUCAUGAUCAUGUGGACCCAGCAGGCGAUUACGCUGAUGAAUCGCCAAGCAGUCCUACCGUCGUGAAUCGUCUGGAGCCUGCCGUCAAAGCUCCUGUUGACGAAAAGGCUGAGCCGGUCCAAGAAAUUCCUGAGACCGUGCUCGAGGAGGACGUGCAACCCGAGGUUAACAAUGGAAGAGUUGUUGCAAACGAGCCUGUCAAGGAAACGCUUGCUGAAGAUAAGCCUGUUGUGGACUCCGCCACAACUACUCAAAGCGAGUCCGCUGCUGUUCCCGAGCCGGAGUCAGCGGCAGGCAACGAUACCGUAGCCAUAGAAGAGGCCACCAGUGCAGAGAAAGUGGAAGGAUCAGCACCAACCGUGGUCCCGCCAGCAACUGUUGAGUCGGAGCCCAAGACAGACGAGCCGAAACCUGAAGCAAUUUCUGCAGUUGUCUCUUUCGAAUCCGAGCGAGUGUCACCUAAAGAAGCCCCUACAGCAGCAGCACCCGAAAGCACCCCGGCAAAGGCUGCAGACCCCGCGCCUCCUCAGUCUGAGACCGAGGCUUCCCAGGCAGAGGAAUCGAAAGCUCCAGCUACCACGACAGAAGCAGACUCGGCAACCGUGUAG